AUGUUCGACAUCAGCUCGCUAAUACACUUCGGAAACAGCAAUUCGGUGAGAAGCAGCAUCUCAGGGGAGCUGUACGUGUACAUGUCCAAGAGGAGGCAAAACGGAAAGGAGUUUUCCUCCCCCCUUAUGUACCUCCACGCUGAUGACCCCGGAAAAAAUAAGGACCACGCUUCGACCCUUCUCUUGAACAACUACGCUGAUGAUUACAAGUGGGUAAAAUGUUUUUGCUUCGUUAAGUCAAAUUUUUUUUAUGUGUACAGAGUGAGGGGGGAUUACCGGCCGUGUAUUAUUUUCCUAUUAGAAGGGACUGAAGUACAGGUGGUGGAUUAUUACGUUGCCGUAAAAAAUAAGAUAAUUGAAGAAACGAAGGAUCUGCAGCUGGGGGAAAACCAUGACAUCAUUCACAUCAAAGCGCCACCAUUCGGAGCCGGCCAUACGUACACUUUUUAUUCCACGGAUAAGGGAGUGAUAAAAAAAUGGACGAGGUGUCUGAGGAAUGCAAACUUUUGCGCCAUCAACAACAACGCCAAAUGUAUAAGCGAAGAAAAUGAGGAGAUGAAACUCAGCAUGGACAAUAUGAAGCAGCUUAAGGAUAUAGAGCUGAAGAAUAAGGACAUUGAAAUAUCUGGUCUACAGGAGAGGAUAAAUAGCCUUAAGGCAGACAUAGAAAAUAUCAGAAUGAAGAACAAGCGCCUGCAAAUAGCAGCAGACGUGAAUAUAAAAAGCGCCGACGAACUAUUGCAAAAAAAAAUUACCGAAAUAGAGUUCAUUCACAGUGAAAUGGAGAUAAAAAUGGAAGAAAUGGAACAACUGAAAGACAAAUUAAGAAGCGCAACAGCAGAAUCGGAGAAGAAGUCCAAAUUGGUGAACCAACUUCGGGAGGAAAGAGAUCUGCUGGAGAAGAGGCUGAAGGAUAUCAUGACGACUUACGAAGAGGCUUUCACGGAGCCAGAAAAAAUAACUCUAGUAAAUUUUAACACAAACGAAAGGUACCAAAAGUUAGUGGUGAGCCAUAAGCAUUUAAAAGAAGACAUUCAAAAAAUGAAUGAAAGAUUUUAUAAACUCGAAAAUGAAUAUAAACAAAAAAUUAAAACAAUAAAAGAGGUAGUAGAAAUAGGGGAUAUCUUUGACUACCUCCACAAGCUAAUCAUCCUGUGCCAAACAAAGAUCAAAUUUUACGAGCAAUGCUAUAAGUACAAUGAGGAGCAACAAAAGGACAUCACUAACUUGAUCAGAUACAUGAUUAAGGAAACGAAAUUGUCAGAGGCGAAUGCAAGAGUAUGUUACAUUACACAUAGGUCUAGAAUACUAGAGGAGAGAUUACUCCAUUACGUGACCAUGAAACAGCCAUCUGAUUAUUUCCAUUUCGCAUGCACCACCUUGAGACGACUAAGUUGGGUAUUUGGUGAAAUUGAAGUGUUAAAGCCAAUGCAAGUCGGUCAUCACAGUGAGCAGGAGUAUCCUCUAUACUCUUACGUGGAUGACAUGAACAUUAUUCCCAUGAGAGAGAAAAUAUAUUUUAAUGAAGGUCUAGAAGGAAGGUCCAAUUAUCAAAUCGUAAACGACGUUGAUGUUUAUGCCAUCCCUGUGAAAAUGUGUCCCCAUGAAGAUAAACUCCUCACAGAAAAUAAAUACAACUAUGUAAAAAUAAAGCUAAAUGAUUUGAAGAAAGACUUUAACAUUCUCAAGCGGAAGAAUAAACCGCAAUGCACAAACGUCUUGUCCGAUUUGCAGUGGGCAGAAAUUAAGAGAAAUGCCUACGACCGGAUGGAAAAAAAUAUUAUCAUUUUGGACAUGCAGAUGGCCGCACGCCGAGGGGAGGUCGCGACGGAAGCGGCCACGCGUAAAGAAACACCUGGUUAA